AGAGCUUUUUGAAUCAUCGUCAGGCAAGAAAAUGGUUGGGUCGAUUGUACGGUCAUCUUUGCUGCGUGGUUUCACGGUCAGACAUGCAGUUACAGCAGCUGCACAAAGUUGUAGUGCUGUGCCUGAAUGCAAAGUUUUGAGCAAUCAGGUCAUUAUUGCUACUUGUGAUAAUAAUUCUCCUAUUGCACAGGUGUCCAUUGUUUUCAGAGCUGGAUCAAGAAAUGAAACAUAUGAUACUCAAGGUACAGCACAUUAUUUGCGGCUAGCAGCAGGAUUAAGUACAUCUUCUUCCAGUGCCUUUGCUAUAACAAGAAAUAUCCAACAGCUUGGAGGAAAUUUAAUAACUAUUCUUGAUCGUGAAACUAUAGCAUACACAUUGCAAGUCACUACAGACAAUUUGUCAGAUACUCUUAAUUUCUUGGAAUCUGCUGUUACUAAGCAAGUCUUUAAACCAUGGGAAAUAUCUGAUCAGUUACCUAGGUUAAAAAGUGAACUAGCUUCUUUGCCUGAAACAACUUUGGUAAUUGAACUCUUGCACAAAGCAGCUUAUCGCAAUAGUGGGCUUGGAAAUUCUCUUUUUAUACCAGAAAAUCAAAUAGGUAAAAUUGGUUCAGAAACUCUACAACACUUUUUCAAUACUUGGUGCACAACACCUAGAUGUGCAGUUGUUGGAACUGGUGUUUCAUUAACAGACCUUACUACUUUAGCAUCAAAUUUAAGUAUAAACACAGCAGUUAAUUCAGAUGAAUCUUCAAAAUACUGCGGUGGAGAAAUUCGUAAGGAAGCUGCAUCAGAUUUGACUAAGGUAGCACUAGCUGUUGAAGGUGCAAAUUUGAAAAGUGACAAAGAUGCCUUAGCAUGUGCAGUACUUCAAAGAGCAUCUGCUAGUGGACCAAGAGUUAAGUGGGGGGUCAGUGGAAGUCCACUGUAUAAAGAAAUUUCAAGCAUUGCAGGUGCAGAACCAUUUGGUCUAUCAACCUUUAAUGCCAGCUACACUGAUUCAGGACUUUUCGGGGUUGUUUUAUGUUCACAACCCGAUUUAGCAGGAUCUUUGACAAAAGCAUCUCGCAAAUGGUUGAAAUCCAUGAAACUAUCUGAUAAUGAUAUCGCUCGUGGUAAAAGUAUAUUGAAAACUGAAGUUUUAGAUUCAGCAGACAAUGCACUUUGUUUGUUGGAAUCUAUGCAACAACAAGCUGUACUUAAAGGGAAAGUCUCUUCACCGGUAUCACUCGCUAAUGAUAUCGACAAAAUUACUCCAUCUGACGUUCAAGCUGUUGUCGGUAAAAUUAGCAGAGGAAAAUUAUCCAUGGCUGCCAUUGGUAAUUUGAGAACUGUACCAUAUAUCGAUGAACUAAAUUAAACUCAACACCUUUUCUUCCAAAGAAACAUGUAGCAUGAUGAGUUGGAUAUCAACUCUCUUCAAUAACGUGAAGAUUGAGAUGAAGGUAUACAUAAGCUACCGAUUCGAAUCGCCACAACGUAUUUAAUAAUUGUGUGCAUUUCAUUACAGUGAA